AGUUGUCUGCGUGCUUGACUCCUGUACCCAUGCAACAGAUGAGGAAGUUGAGGCCACACCAGGACCCAACAGGGAGAUCCGUCACAUUAAGAUGUGCUCCUUGGAGACCCAGGGACCAAUGCCGGGGGAGGGGGAGUGUUGCAGAAUUUAGGAACUGGUGUUAUAAUUCUCCCACCUUUUUAAAAAAAAUGUUGUCUGUUGUCCUCGGAUGCCUUGCCCACAGUCCAUUUAUAUUUUUGCAUAUUUGAGAACAAGUUUUAGGUCUCCCUAACAGCAAAGAAGAAGGAACGCGGCAAUUUAAACUGAGAGGCGGCGGUUGUGAAAAUGGAUCUGAAACUUGUGGCCGUGUCGAUCCUGUUAGUGCUUUUCUGCUCAGAAGUCUCCAGCUAUCGCUUGCAGAAACGAGAAGCCGAGGAGCCGGAACUGUUCGCUCAAGUUAAGGAGAAAGUCACAGGGGCCUGGGAACAAGUUUCCAGCACAGCCCAGGGCUGGCUAGCGAAAAUCCAAAAUCUGGAAGUCACAAAGCCAAUAAUAAACAUGUACGAAAACAGCGUGUCAAGGAUUAAGACCUACACGGACAUACUCUCCGACCAAGUUUACCACCUGCUGCAAAGUGAGAGUUAAUGUCGCCCACCUUUCUCCCUUCUGCAGAGACUAGUCGCUGAGGCUCAGGGAAGCCUUCGUUUUUUUCAUACAUUUUGCUUGUAAAGAUGCUCCCAUGCUUAGGAAAUGAAUAAAGCUCCUUUCCUGCUGAA